UGCUGGUGACUAUAUUGCAGCGAGCCGCGGAGCGUUUGCCCCCCUCUUUAGCUCUGUUUCGUCGAGCGUUUACCGCAAAGUGUUUUCGGUCCCGGGAAGACAUGGCUGGAUACUUGAAAGUCCUCAGCUCCCUUUCGAGAUCUGCUGGAGCUGCUUUUUCCAGAAACCCGGCGGUGCUUGCGCCGGCUGCAAAUUGCCAGACUUUGCAACAAAGAAACUAUGCCGACAAACGCAUCAAAGUGGCGAACCCAGUGGUGGAGAUGGACGGAGACGAGAUGACCAGGAUCAUCUGGGAGUUCAUUAAAGAGAAGCUCAUCCUGACCAAUGUUGAUGUUGAGCUGAAGUACUUCGACCUGGGUCUGCCAUACCGUGACCAGACUGAUGACCAGGUCACCAUCGACUCCGCCCUGGCUACCAAGAAGUACAGCGUAGCGGUUAAGUGUGCCACCAUCACACCUGACGAAGCCAGAGUUGAAGAGUUUAGCCUGAAGAAGAUGUGGAAGAGUCCCAACGGCACCAUCAGGAACAUCCUGGGCGGCACAGUCUUCCGUGAGCCAAUCAUCUGCAAGAACAUUCCCCGGCUUGUUCCUGGCUGGACACAGCCCAUUACCAUUGGCAGACACGCCUUCGGUGAUCAGUACAGGGCAACAGACUUUGUUGUCGACCAGCCCGGCAAAUUCAAGAUAAUCUUCUCACCUGCUGAUGGCAGUUCAAACAAGGAAUGGGAGGUCUUUGACUUCCCGGCGGGUGGCUGUGGAAUGGGCAUGUACAACACAGAUGAGUCUAUUACAGGCUUUGCACACAGCUGCUUCCAGUACGCUAUUGGCAAGAAGUGGCCCCUGUACAUGAGCACAAAGAACACCAUUCUUAAAGCCUACGACGGCAGAUUUAAAGACAUCUUCCAGGAUAUCUUUGAAAAGAAUUACAAGCCAGAGUUUGACAAACUGAAGAUCUGGUAUGAGCACAGGCUUAUCGACGAUAUGGUCGCCCAGGUGCUGAAGUCUUCCGGAGCCUUUGUGUGGGCUUGCAAGAACUAUGACGGAGACGUUCAGUCCGACAUCCUUGCGCAGGGCUUUGGCUCUCUGGGACUCAUGACAUCAGUUCUUGUCUGUCCUGAUGGCAAGACUAUUGAGGCUGAGGCAGCCCACGGCACUGUGACCAGGCACUAUCGUGAGCACCAGAAGGGUAGGCCAACCAGCACUAACCCCAUUGCCAGCAUCUUUGCCUGGACCCGAGGCCUGGAGCACAGAGGGAAACUUGACGGCAACCCUGACCUCAUAAAGUUCGCCCAGACACUGGAGCAGGUGUGUGUCGCGACUGUAGAGAGUGGUACUAUGACCAAGGACCUGGCAGGUUGCAUCCACGGCCUGUCCAAUGUCAAGCUGAACGAGCAUUACGUCAAUACUACAGACUUCCUCGACGCCAUCAAGACAAAUCUGGAUAAGGCCCUCGGAAAGUGAAGGACUUGAAAGAAUAUGAUAAGCACGAAGAUGGCAAUGUCACUCUUCUGUUUUUGUACCUCAUUUUUAACUUAAAGGUCAAUAAAUCCACUCGCAAUUUAAUCAGAAGGAGAAGAAAGUACUGUCUAUAGGAUUACGUAGUUCUCUUAGGUUUUUAAAUCGUUGAGAAUUGUCCUUUGAACCUCAUGCCUCCCUUACUGUCUGUCCCAUUACUUGCAGGGUUUUAUUUUUGUAAUGUGAAGUAUUCAGUACUAUGUAAUGCCUUGGGCAAGACUAAAGCCUGUGUCACACACAUUUGCCAAUAAAUCUUUUAAACCAC